GCCACUGUAUCACGGCACCAGGUAAUCCCAUCCAUCUAAGAGAUUACAGAUGGCCGCCGAAAUGUUUCUCCUUGUUCUCCUCGCCAUGGCUUCCUCUCUUGCAAUGGCUUCUGAUCCUAGCCAACUUCAAGACUUCUGUGUCGCAGAUAUGGAGUCUAAAGUGCGGGUGAAUGGAUUCGUCUGCAAGGACCCCAUGGUUGUGAAAGCCGACGACUUCUCUCUUUCUGGCCUCGACAUGCCUGGCGAUACAAGAGACAACAAGUUGGGGUUCAAAGUCACGCCUGCCAACGUGAUCCAGAUUCCAGGACUCAACACCCUCGGCAUCUCCAUGGUUCGCAUCGACUACAUCCCCAAUGGCCUCAACCCGCCCCACACUCACCCCCGUGCCACCGAGAUCCUCACCGUCAUAGAGGGACAGCUCUUGGUCGGCUUCGUCACAUCCAACAGCGACGACGGCAACCGUCUCUUCACCAAGAUGCUGAAGAAGGGUGAUGUGUUCGUGUUCCCUCAAGGCCUCAUCCACUUCCAGUUCAACCCUGGGCACACCAACACCUUCGCCAUCGGUGCUCUCAGCAGCCAAAACCCUGGCACCAUCACCAUCGCCGAUGCUGUGUUCGGGUCGAAUCCCCCCAUCUCGGAUGAAAUCCUCGCCAAGGCUUUCCAAGUGGACAAGAAGACCGUCGACUGGCUUCAGGCUCAGUUCGCGAAGAAAAACUAGUCGGAGGAAUCAAAUAAGCUGCACUCUUAGCUCCUGUGUUUUGGUGUCAAUAAGCAAACAGUGGACUACCUGUUUGCAUUUGCUAUUGUAAUGGAAUUAAGCAGCCUUUCUAUGUUAUGAAAAGCACGUAUGAAGUGCGUCAUGUUUCAGAA